AUGACAUCCCGAGACGGUUUUCAAUGGACUUCUGAAACAGGCCUCGUCCAGGGCGUCCCUUCCAUUGGAGUCAUCUCUCCGCCCUCAAAUAUCUCGGGGGUUGGACCUUGGGAUAUCAUUGUUGUUGGUUCGGGAUAUUCCGGUCUAACGGCAACUCGAGACUUGUGUCUUGCCGGCCACAAAGUGCUGCUCGUUGAAGCCCGCGACCGUAUUGGUGGUCGAUCGUGGUCGUCCAAUAUCGGAGACUAUCCCUUCGAAAUGGGUGGCACAUGGGUGCAUUGGGGGCAGCCGCAUGUGUGGCGGGAGAUUUCAAGAUAUAAAAUGCGGGAAGAGUUGGAGGCCUCGUUCGAUUUCUCGCGCGGAGUCAAUCACUUCCAACUGCGUACCAACGAGGGUGAAAGUAUCAUGAGCCACGACGAAGAGGAUACUCUGCUUGCUGCUGCACUAGGCAAGUUUGUGGAUGUGGAUGGAUCAAUGGGCCGGAAGAUAAUCCCUUACGCCCACGAUGCAUUCCAUGUUCCCGAGGCACGCCAAUACGAUACAAAGUCUGCUGCCGACCGCUUAAAGGAGAUUGCUACCUCCCUUACACCGAACGAGCGUACCGCGCUGGAGAGCUUUGUCCUGCUGUGUAGCUGCGGUACCCUCGAAACAACCAGUUUCUUCGAGUUCCUGCACUGGUGGGCAUUAUGCGGCUACUCUUACCAAGGAUGCAUGGAUGCAUUGAUCUCUUACAAAUUCAAAGGGGGUCAAUCUUCCUUCGCAAUCAAGUUUUUCAAAGAGGCUCUCGCCACUGGAAACCUAUCGUAUUCUUUCAAUAGCCCUGUUCAGUCCAUCAGUGACCAGGGAGGCAACGUGAAUUUGACGACACGGGACGGCCAUCAGUAUACUGGGUCUCGCUUGGUGUCUACAAUUCCUCUGAACGUGUUGAACACAGUCUCUUUCAAUCCUCCAUUGGAUUUCCAACGUGCUUUUGCGGCCAACACAGGCCAUGUCAACCAGUGCGUCAAGGUGCAUGCCGAGAUCCUCAACAAGGAUAUGCGCUCCUGGACGGGUAUUUCAUACCCCUUCAAUAAACUCACUUACGCGAUUGGCGAUGGAACUACACCUGCCGGAAACACCCACAUCGUCUGUUUCGGUGGAUUCCACAACCACAUCCAGCCAGAAGAGAAUAUAAACGCGACGAAGGAGGCUGUUCAAAGCAUGGCACCUGGAAACAUGGAUGUAAAGCGCUUGGUGAGUCUCUUCAUGUGCUACUUUAACGCAAAGAAACAUGCUAACUAUGCUCAGGUUUUCCACAACUGGUCGAAAGAUGAAUUUGCCAAGGGCGCUUGGUUCUUCUCUCCCCCGAACCUGCUAUCCACAUCCCUUGAUGCACUUAGAUCUCGCCAUGGCAAUGUUCUGUUUGCCAAUUCCGAUUGGGCUGUUGGCUGGCGCAGUUUCAUCGAUGGUGCUAUCGAAGAGGGAACACGUGCUGCAUUUACAGUAACAGAGGAAUUACGAGAGUCAGCUACAUCUCGGUCCCGCCUAUAG